CAUGGGUUAGUCUGAUCCGAUAGCUCUCGGAGCACAUAUUCGAUGGCAUCCAUUGGCAACGACUCGGCAGCUGGCAUCUACUUUCAUCCAUUUCCGGAUCAGCCGGAUGAACGGACCCGCAACUGGCCACUGGUGGAUUCAUUAUGGAACGUACCCGUCCUGCUGACCCUUUAUUUACUUAUGGUGCGCUAUGCGCCCAAGUGGACAACCAGUUACAAGCCGCUGCAGCUGCGAGUGCCAUUGUUCUGCCACAGCUUGGCCAUGGUAUUCCUGAAUGGAUACAUCUGUUUGGAACUCUAUACGGCAACCAGGGAUCUUGGCUACAACUUCGGAUGUCAGCCAUGUCGGGUUAGCUUUAACCCACUUGAAAUGCGGGUUGUGACUGCAUUUUGGUGGUUCUACAUUUCGAAAAUAUUCGAAUUCGCCGAUACGGCUUUCUUCAUCUUGCGCCAAAAGUGGUCCCAGCUAAGCUUCCUCCAUGUCUAUCACCAUAGCACCAUGUUUGUCUUUUGCUGGAUCUUGGUUAAGUGGAUGCCCACGGGUGCAACCUAUGUGCCGGCCAUGAUAAACUCAUUCGUGCACAUCGUCAUGUACGGAUACUAUGCCCUGAGUGUACUAGGUCCUCGAGUCCAGAAGUACCUCUGGUGGAAGCGCUACCUCACUGGACUCCAGCUGGUCCAGUUUACCAUAAUCUUCUUCUGGGCGUCGCAGAUGCUAAUACGGGGAUGCGAGUACGGCACCUGGAUAACCUUGUCCAUGGCGCUCUAUUCCCUGCCUUUCCUUUUUAUGUUCGGCAAAUUCUAUAUGCAAAAGUACACGGUAUCAGCAGUCGCCAAGAAAGCUGUAUAAAACAAUUAAAAUUUUCACAAACAAAUCAAGCUAUUGUCCAUUUUUAGCGCAUUUUAAAUUCUUGCCAAAUUGACACAGAAAAUAAAAGCUCGACCUUGGAUAUCAA